AGGCACUUUUGGAGGAAGUGCUGAUAUAAGAAGCUGCAUAAGGAAAGGUGUGUAAGAAGAAAUCAAAAUAAUUUCCAUUGAAAUGUCUUUGGUCAAUGGGCAGUUCUGGUACAGAUGGGAAAAUGACUGCUUUUUGCUUACUAUUAUUAGUUGGGGACUCCUCUUUCAUGUGGAUGCCUGGACUUACCACUAUGGGGCCGAAUCAGACCUAACUUGGAAAGACGCUCGGACAUUUUGCCAGACCUGGUAUACUGACCUGGUAGCAAUCCAGAACAAAGAAGAAAUUGCCUAUCUCAAUGACAACUUACCGAAACAUUCAAAGUACUACUGGAUUGGGAUCCGGAAAAUAAACAAUAUCUGGACAUGGGUAGGAACCAGAAAAGCCCUGACCAAAGAGGCAGAAAACUGGGCUUAUCGGGAACCUAACAACAGGCUGUCCAACCAAGACUGUGUUGAGAUUUAUAUUAAGAGGGACUUCGAAGCUGGAAAAUGGAAUGAUGAGCCUUGUGGGAAGAAGAAACGGGCACUCUGCUAUAAAGCUUCUUGUCAACCUUCCUCCUGCAACAAACGUAGUGAAUGCGUGGAGACCAUUGGGAACUAUACCUGCCAAUGCUACCCUGGUUUCUAUGGCCCUUUGUGUGAAAAUGUUGUAAAAUGCAACACGUUUGGCCGUCUCCAUCAAGCCCUGCUCAUGAAUUGCAUUCAUCCGCUGGAGCAGUUCAGUUACAGAUCUCAUUGCAGCUUCAGGUGUGACAAAGGUUUUACAAUGACUGGCCUGGACAACUUGCAAUGUUUGUCAUCUGGGCAAUGGACAGCAGAAGUACCUCAGUGUGCAGCUAUCCCGUGCCAGCCGUUAAAUAUCCCUGUAAAUGGAAACAUCAGCUGCAUUCAUAUCCACGGGGAAUUUCAUUACCAGUCUAGUUGCAACUUUAAGUGCAAAGAAGGCUUUCUGAUCAACGGAGCGGAGACCACUAUGUGUGAAGCCUCUGGAGAAUGGACUGCUUCAGAGCCAACCUGCCAAGCUAUUGAAUGCCCAAACCUGGAUAUUCCUAAGAAUGGAGAAUUAAACUGUUCUCAUCCACAUGGACGUUUUGCUUAUAAUUCCAGUUGUGCAUUCUCCUGUGAUAUAGGCUUUGUACGCAUUGGGACAAGUCAACUUCAGUGCACAGAUUUGGGAAAGUGGAGUGCAGCCACACCUAGUUGUGAAGCUGUCCAAUGCCCACCACUGAAAACCCCAGAAAAUGGCAAAGAAAAUUGCUCUAAUCCUUAUGGACAUUUUGCAUAUUACUCCAGCUGCACCUUCUCCUGCAACUCUGGGUUUCAGUUAGCUGGGUCAGAGAAGCUGAAUUGCACAGAUCAGGGAAACUGGACUGGACAGACACCCAUCUGUGAAGCAAUCAAGUGCCCUGAAUUGCAGGCUCCAAAGAACGGACAGUUCAAAUGCUCUCAAUCUUAUGGAAACUUCACAUAUAACUCCAGCUGCGUCUUCUCCUGUGAGAGGGGUUUUAAAAGAAUUGGAUCCCAAAGGCUGAACUGUACGGCCACAGGAGAGUGGGAAGGAUUUGCACUGUCUUGUGAAGCCAUAAAGUGUCCCCCCCUUAAAGAGAUGGAAAACAUGAAAAAGAACUGCUCCCAUCCCUGGGGCCACUUCAGUUACAACUCCACAUGUCACUUCUACUGCACUGAGGGCUUCCUUCUCAAUGGAACGAGUAAGAUGCAAUGCCAGCCUGAUGGCCAGUGGUCUACUGAGAUGCCUGUUUGUCAAGAAAACGCUGCCAUUUACCUAAAGCAAGUUUUGCUUUAUACUGGUGGAGUCACAGCAUCCCUUGUUCUUUUUAUCAUCUUUGGGGGCCUGAUAGCUCUAGCAAUUAAGCGUCUCAGCAAAAGAGAAGAGAAAAAGAAGCUGUUAAGUCAUACCAGUGAGUUGGGGGUACCUGGUACAUAUUCCAAUUCGGCAUUUGACUCAGUCUCCUAAGAACUCAUCUGGAACAUGCUAUGAAGAAAAACGCUGAUGCAAUGGAAUACACCUCAGUUCAGUUCUGUUAAUAUUAGGAUUUGGGCUCACUGAAAGUCAGAGAAAAUAAAUUAAUAUUUGAAACAUGUAGCUUUAAAAGAUAUCUUGCAUGGAGCAGAUAACAGAUAAUCAGAGUUGGAAGGGACCUUGUAGGUCAUCUAGUCCAACCCCCCCGCCCAAGUGGGAGACCCUACACCAUUUCUGACAAAUGGC